AUGAUGCUAAAGAAUCUGAUGGAAGAGAAGCAGUUGAACUUCAAUCAGCCACUUCUAUCUGUGAGACGAUUUUCAGCGACAGUGGUCUCAUCAGAAGCUGAUGAAAAAAGGAAGACUGAAAAGUCCCUACCCAAACUACCUCCCCUUCCUGUUUACAAAUCAGAGUUGAAAUCAGGUCCUGUGAGGAACCCAGGAACUGUUCCUUUUGUAUGGGAGCAAAUCCCAGGAAGACCCAAGGAUGAAAGAAAAUCACCAAAUCAGGCUCUUGAAUGGCUUCCCACUGCACCAAAGCUUCCGCCUGGAAGGGUUUCAAAGGUUAAGAAGCAAGCAACGGAUAAAGGUUCUAAAUGUACAACUGCUGCUCAAUCACCAACUGGAAAUGUACUUUCCAAUUCUCAAAAUGUUUCAACCUUGGAUACAAAAGAAGUUACUAAAUAUGACAGCUCCAAAGUGGAGAUGGAGGAUAAGGGUAUUGCUGGUUCGGACGAUGGCGAUGAGACCUAUUUAGAUGCACUUUCUAGGAGUGAAUCAUUCUUUAUGAACUGUAGUGUAAGUGGUUUGAGUGGACUGGAUGGUCUAGAUAUCAAACCAUCUGGAACCUUCUCAAAAGAUCCACAGACUCGGGAUUUCAUGAUGGGCCGGUUCUUGCCUGCAGCAAAAGCUAUGGCUUCAGAAACACCUCAAUAUGCUAGCAGGAAGCAACCAGUUGCCCGAGAGCAACCACUUUUGCAAGAGCAACCAAGUGGGAUGAAGAAGGUAGUAAGUGGGGAUAAGCAACAUCCACUUAAUCAACAUAGGCCAAAGGAUUUGCCACAUUAUGUUCAAGAUAUAGCUGGGGACAAAAAUGAGGAUGAAGGUAUGAGAGUGCAAGCGCAAUUACCCAUUUCUUCAGUUAGGAGAGUGCGGGCUAAAUCUUCUUAUGCCAUUUCGUACAGAGAAGCUAAAAAAGAGCAUUCUGGGGGUGAUUCAUGUGAAAAAAGAUUAAUGAGUGGACAUCCGGAAGCUAGGGUGCCUGAGGAUAAGAACGAUUUGAUACAUGAAUCCAAUCAGAUCACCAACAGAAGUGAUUGUCAGAAAUUAGAUGGGUCACCUAUGUACAGGCGUCUACAGGGUAGUGGCAUAUCACCCUACCGAAAUGAAUGUUCUCAGCAUGAAGAAAAAGGUUUUCUUGGUAUUCCUGAAAAAGCUAAGAAUUACAGAGAAGCUAUUAGCUCUGGCAAAUAUCGAAAAUGCCACAACAAUUUUCAGGAAUUAUUGGCUGCCGAGAAUGUUGUCGAGUUGGAAAUGGGCCCAGGGAGUCCUGUGGUUGAGAAGACUCUGUAUAUUGAUUCAGUACAAACUGUAAAAUCUCCAAAUUCAAAAUCAUGUUCCUCAGAUACAAAGGGCCGUAUUAUUGAUUACAGAGGGAAUGGUUUUGAAAUUUGUGAGAAAAGUGAUAAAGUGGAAGAAAUAACCCAUUCGGUAGAGUCUUCAUUCCAAGAUACUGAGCACUUGGGUGAUGGGAAUGAAAAGGCAAUAGUGCGGCAUAAAAGUUUGGAGUUUCCUGACUCCAGCUUUCCAUCUUCUUCUGGCAGAUCCAGUGAUGAUGUGCAAACCGACAUUAGAAUUGGUUAUAUACCAAAUCAGGAUCUUAUUCAACAUUUUAGCAAAGUGACAAGCUCAAAAGGUGCUGAUCAAGAGAAGUUAAAUUUAGAAAGCAAACAGUUAGUGAAAUCAGGUGAUAGGGAAAAUUUUGUUGGCCUUACUCCGAUUUGUACUACAUUGACAAGCACAAAACUGGCUGGUGAGAAAAAGAUUGGUUUAGAAAGCCAACAGUCUAGGCAAUCAAGUAGAGAAGACAGUUCUCAUGGCCAUGUUCAGAAUUCAGUUGCAUUGACCAGCUCGAAAGUGACCAAUAAGGGGAAGAUUGAUUUAGAAAGUCACCGGCUUGUGAAACUAGGUAACCAAGAAAGUCCCCGGGGAAACAAAGUACCACUGCCUCUUGGACCGCCUUUACCAAAAUCUCCAUCAGAGUCUUGGCUAAAGCGUACCUUACCUAGUAUUUCCUCCAGGAGUUCAUCUUCACAGUCUUCUCUUGGUUCGCGGAGUUAUACUAGCAGUCAGGCUUCCAAGACAUCUUCUCUUGAUCCCAAGUGGGAGACAAUUGUUAAAACUUCUAAACCGCACCAUGGACAUUUGCGGUUUUCAGAGGAGCUUCUGACACCUAUACCGGAAGCUUAG